AUGUCUGAAUCCAUAUUUGGGAAUUUAAAGAUAUUUAUUUCGUAUCAAAAAUAUUACGUUGGAAAAUUUUUCAAUGAUGUUGGUUACAAUCUUGAAACUUAUUUAGCGCUGCCUAGAUUAAAAUAUUUCAUCGUGAUGGAUCACUUUAAUGAUGUUCAGAUUCCACAAAACUGUUGCAAGAUAUCAUGGGAUGUACAAAUCUACCAGUUAAACCAUGAAAAAACAUAA